AUGUCUGAUACACAGCGCAGUACAUCUGCCAAACGUGCAACUCGGAAUUCCCUUUCCUGUGCAGCUUGUCGUUACAAACAUCUUCGCUGUGACGGCCAAAAGCCUGCAUGCUCACGAUGCAUUACCGACACCAAGCAGUGCGUGUAUCCCGCGUCUCGGCGGCGAGGAAAUCCCAAACAAAAGCAAUCCCAACCAGUUCCUGCUGCUGUGAUCUAUGAGAGCUCUAUCGAGUCAUCCCUUGAGCAACAAGUCUCUACUCCUUCGACUUCUUCCCUUGCCACCAAUGGGGACAUAGAGGCGUCAAAUUUUAGUUCCCAAUUUUUACGAUUAUAUUACGACUUCUUCCACGCCGCACACCCUUGUGUACUACCGUGGGGGGUAUUGAAGACCCGGGUUGCUGACCCGAGGGUGCGACCUCUCCUUCAGGUGAUCUGCUAUGUGGGCUCGAUUUUUGAUAACUCUGGUUCAAUUUCAGAAACAUGGAGCCAGCGUGCCCGUGAUGCAGUAUCUCAAAUACGAGCCAAGUUGGAUCCAGACCCUUUCGACAUUCAAGCACUUUUGCUCUAUUCAAUUACUGUCUACUGGUGCAAUGAGCCCGACGAAGGGGUCACAUUACUGAACGACGUCAUUCGCCUCGCAGUAACGCUCGAAAUGAACAAGAAACACUUUGCCCAGACCUAUGGAGAGGGGAAUCCUGUCGUUGAGGAAAGUUGGCGGCGGACCUGGUGGGUCAUAUAUAUCACGGAUGCUCAUAUCGCUGGCUCUACACACAGCUACCCGUUCCGCACAAGUGGGUUGGAAAUGACUACAGACUUUCCUUGCGAGGAGGACCGAUAUGAGAAUCUGAAUAUCCCGCCUCCGAGGUCUCUAGAGGAUUACGAGAAUCGAGAAUUCCUUGAUGAAGACGAAGCAAAAUUUUCAUCAUACGCAGAGCUGAUUGGCUUGACUCUCGGAAUCGACCGGGCGCUGUCACCUGGGAACACAGAAGAUGAUCAACUCUACAAGGCAAUGGCUGCCGGCUCGGACACUAGCGUCCGGGCGUGGUUCUCUCUACUUUCCCCUGAAAAAAGAGAUCUCAUCGGACCCAAUGGGUCCUUUGAUGAGGUGAUGUUUAAGGCUCUAUUCAUAAUGCAUACGUAUGCUGUUGAGAUCCACCGUCCACUUUCGGCAUUGACUCACAGUGCGAUUGAGUCUGUCUCUCGUUGCGCUCCGUUGGCCCCGUCGGAGCGACUCAAAUGCAACAACUCCAAAGAGCGUGAUUUGCAUACUUUGAAGUGCACCACCGCAAUAGAUGGCAUUGACGAGCUGUUGACUCUUCCGAGCAAUAUGAGGAAUCAUUCCCCCUUCAUAAUUUGCAUGAUCGCAAAUGUCACGAUCGCACAUCUAAGUGCUUGUCGCUUCGUCUACUCUGGCGAAACACGAUCUAAGAGUCGCGAGAAAAUUCGCCUGACCAUGGGUACUUUGAAACGGCUAAGUGAACAUUGGAUUCUUGGAAAGCGAACAUAUCGUGAAAUAGGGAUCGUUGCCCGAGAAAUAUUGUCUCUUUCAAAGGACCCGCCCACUGAUCCACCAUAUGCUAAUGUCACUCUCCCGGAGACAUCGUCAUUUGAAAUCCCUGCAUUCAAUCUGGUGCCCGAUGCCGAAUUCGAUUUUUGUGCGCUUUUCGAUGCCGCUGUCCCAAACUUUUGCGAGCUCAACUCCCAGUUUGCUGUCGAAUAG